GAUGGAAAGAGAGAGAGAAACCAUUUUAAUGGAAACUACAAGGUAAAAAGGCGUCCUUUUUGGUUUGGUGGAAAUAAUAAAGAGGAAUUUUGGACUUCUUUAUCGUUCAUCAUCUUUAAAGGCAAAAUGAGCAACAAUGGUGGGACUGGAGAAAUGGAAAAUGCCAGCAAAGAGCGAGAGACAGAUGCUUCUCUGACCGGGGUUUGGGAGAUACCGGGAGAACCCGCCAUCAUUAUCAAUGGGGUGCCUGAUGUUUGCCCAAGUAAUGACACUUCUGCUCCUUGUAAUGCCAUUACUGUUCCAGAACCCGACGGAGAAAAAGUCAUCGGCGAAUGGCUGGAAGGGAGGGAAGUGCGGAAGUUGUUCGGAGGGCAGUACUAUUCAGGUGUUGUGACCGAGUUCGACAAAGAAGCGGGCUGGUACAGAGUGGUCUAUGAAGAUGGUGACUCCGAAGAUCUCGACUGGCAUGAGUUGGAAGAGGUUCUUCUGCCAUUGGAUAUCAUGGUUCCACUGAAAACUUUGGCUCUGAAAACAAUUAGGAGAACCAAGAGAACCGGACAAAAUGUGGUUCGAUCUCAUACCCGUCUGGCCAAGAAUGCGGCUACGAAGGGAUUCUUGGCCAGUGAGGGGACUCCGGUGAAUGAAGGCCAAUCGUCGAUGACGCCCAAUGACGGAUAUAGGCUGCAGGAAAGUGCACAAAGACUUGGCAUAUAGGAUUUAUGAUCAGAAAAUUCUACUGGAGAAGCCCAAGUGGGAUGUCUUUUUCUUGUGACUUGUUAACUACUGUACAUACGUAAUGUCAAGAAAACAAAGCCAUACACUUGAGUUGAACAUAUGUUAGUGCAAGAAAAUAGUAGACUUUCAUGGCAGUUAGUGAAUUUCAUAGGUUUGUAGAUGUACAAACGUUUGAAGUAUUGACUUUUCUUCUUUCA